ACGGUAGUGUCUGUGGGUCACCACCAAAUAACUGUCCUAGUUAGCGAAUUCCAAUCCAGUAUCAGGUCUUAUCUUAGGGUGAAUCGUUUGGUCUUGGCCGUGUCUGGGGCCCUCACAAUAUGAAGGAAAAGAUGGAGAAAGGGGAGGUCGAAAACAACGCGCCUGUUAUAGAGAAUGGAGACAAGAUCAUACCGAUGGAUGAUCCUCUACAGGAGAUAAAGGAUUUCCUUCGAAGGAAGGACCUGAGAGGCCGGGCAAAGGUGCGCAGACAAUAUGUGGAGAAUAUAAUGGCAAAGGCCAUGAAGAAGAAGAAGAGGCCAGAGACAGAUUCGACGACCACGCCGCCCAGCAGUCACGAGGAACAUUACGCAGACGACCAUGACGAAGACGAGGAGGUUCUAGGGUCGGACGAAGACGAACAGGAAGAUCCUCAAGACUACUGUAAAGGUGGCUACCACCCGGUCAAGAUUGGUGACCUGUUCAACAGCCGCUACCAUGUGGUGCGCAAGCUGGGCUGGGGACAUUUCUCCACUGUCUGGCUCGCCUGGGACCUCAAACCCCAACAGUCAUCAGACCCAAGUGCCAGGGGCCGUAGGUUUGUUGCAUUGAAAGUAGUGAAGAGUGCUGCUCACUACACUGAAACGGCUCUGGACGAGAUCAAGCUGCUCAAAUGUGUAAGAGAGAGUGAUGAAAUAGACCCCAUGAGAGAGAAAGUGGUUCAAAUGGUAGACGACUUCAAGAUUUCUGGGGUCAAUGGCACACAUGUAUGUAUGGUAUUUGAGGUUCUAGGUUGCCAUCUGCUGAAGAUGAUCAUUAAGAGUAACUACCAAGGACUGCCCCUUCCAAUUGUUAAGUGUAUAAUCAGACAGACCCUCCAAGGGCUGGAGUACCUCCACACGAAGUGCAAGAUCAUCCACACGGACAUCAAGCCUGAGAACAUCCUGCUGUGUGUGGACGAGGCCUUCGUGAGGAAGCUUGCUGCGGAGGCCACCCACUGGCAGCAGGUGGGCGCCAUGCCGUCAGGAUCAGCAGUCAGCACCAUCUCCAUCAUAGAGAGCAGGAACAAAGAGAAUGUCCGACUCCAACAGCCCACUAAGAUGUCCAAGAACAAGAAGAAGAAGAUGAAGAAGAAACAGAAGAGACAGAUGGAGCUACUGGAGCUGCAGCAGAAACAGAUCGAGGAGGAGGACAUGAAGAAGACCCAGGGUGGGGAAGGGCAGGAAAACAUGGAACAGGAAGAUGCCAGUACCCCAGCUGCCACCCCACAAGAGGAGAACCCAGUCAAAUGCAACAACAACCCUGUCCCCAGACCAACCAAUAUGGAACAGGAACCAAAGAACAUGGAAGUUGGUCAGGAGAAGGCAGAGGAGAAACAGAACAGUCCGGACAAGCUGAAGAACAGCAGGGUGGACCCACAGAACAACCAAGCGGACAAUUCAGUACAGAACAACUCAGAAAACAAGGAGCAGCAGAGACCACUGGACAAUGAGAACGGACUGACCAAUUCUACACCUUCCACUUCUACAGAGAACACAGAAAAUAUAAAAACUCCAGACAGUGAAGACUGCCCACUUUCCAUGGAGAGGGCCAGCAUGAAGACCUCUGAGAGUUCGGAGCCCGUUUCUUCCAGCACUUCCAACCCCGAGACGUCGGAGAGCCCCACGAGCUCGGAGCAUCUGUCCGUUCCAGCCAACACCCCCGUCACGCCCUCCACUCCGGACACACCCAUUGAGAUCAAGAUGGAGAACCUUUGUAAUGGGGAGAUGAGCGGGGCAGAGAAAGUCAAUGAAGAGGAAGAAAAAGGGCAAGGAAACGGCAAAAAUGAUAAGCCCAAGGCUGAGGCCAAGUCUCCAGACAAGGAAAAGGGCAGGCCUUCAAGAUCCGGAAGGAAGAAAAAGGAUGGAGAUUGUGACAAAUCGGAUUGUACCGGCAGUCAGAAACUUGCCGGGGAGCAGGAGAAGGAGAGAAGAAACUCCCCAGACAGCGAGCCAGAUCUGGAAACAAAGGACAACAACCCUCACACUGCACACGAGAGGCCCAACAGAGAGCUGAAACCUGAAACCAUCGACUCCAAAUCUGACAACUCUUCUACUGAUGGCAAGAGAGUUCAUUCGACUGAAGCAAGUGAGGCCUCCAUAAAAUCCGACUCAGUACCUGAUGGCUACCCAGACUUUUUCAAUCCUGACAAUGCCGACAUCAUUAAGGUCAAGAUUGCUGACCUGGGAAAUGCAUGUUGGGUGGACCACCACUUUACCGAAGACAUCCAGACUCGACAGUACAGAAGCCUGGAGGUGAUCCUGGGGUCUGGGUACAGCGCCCCUGCCGACAUCUGGAGCACAGCGUGUAUGGCAUUUGAGCUGGCAACGGGUGACUACUUAUUUGAACCUCACUCUGGAGAAGACUACUCUCGAGAUGAAGACCAUAUUGCCCACAUCAUAGAGCUGCUAGGCUACAUGCCCAAGCAUAUAGCCCUGUCUGGCAAGUACUCCAGAGAAUUCUUCAACAGAAAAGGUGAACUGCGCCACAUCCACAAGCUGAAGUACUGGGGCCUGUACGACGUCCUGCGUGAGAAGUACGAGUGGCCCCACAAGGAGGCUGACGAGUUCUCCUCCUUCCUCAUGCCCAUGCUGGAGCUGGAGCAGGAGAGACGUGCCACCGCCGGCGAGUGCCUUAGACAUCCCUUCCUCAGCUCCUGACCAGCAUGCACCGGGGCAGGCUCCUGACCAGGGCAGCGUGGUCUUGUGACCGGGGUACUUAGUAUCUCAGUUUGGGAGAGGUACAUUUGUAUUCUCCCUUUUCACACUUCCCAUGAUUCGUUGAGCCAGGGUCCUGGAAAUGGAUGUUACCAUAGCUGCUCAGCAUGCGAAACCAGGGUCACUCACUCACGGUCCGUAACCUCAGUGGUAGUAGGGGCUCCACGACAUCCAUUAGCAGGGUGGAAUCAGCUAAAACCUUCAGUAUGUGAGGGCAGCAAAGCAUAUGAACUAAUGAGUUGUCUGGCAAAUAUGGUACAGUUAUUAUUGGGGCUGAGAAUUUUGCAAGUUUUGUGAUCAGAAGUAACUAGCCAACACGUCACAACUGUGGCUGUUAGUUGGUUAGCCCGAUGACCUCAAGGGUCACAACUUGGCGUUCCGUCUGCAGCCUUUGUUCUUUCCUGUCAGAAAGUGA